AUGUCCCCAUCCGACAUUGGCUCCAAAAAAGACCCUGUCUCUCAGGCCUCGAGUCCAAUUCUCCAACCUCAGACUUCUAAAGCGUCAAAGGCAGACACGUAUAACAAACAGUUUGUGUUGCUUCAGCCAAAAACAAAGCCAGUGCCAUCGCGUAACCCCAGCACCCUUUCAAAUAUAACAACAACAAAUGUCCCUGUUGCUGCUGGUGGACCUCCAUCUUCAAGAAUUCCUAGUAUUUCUGAAACUAAGAAGAAGAAGUUACAAAAAAUGCCAAUCACCCCAAGUAAAUCUCGUUUUAUUUUCAGUGUUGACGAUGGCGAAGACGAAAUUGAACAAGAUUUGGAAAGAGAGUAUCUUGAAGGUUACAAUGAUGCCUUGCGUGGCAAACUUAGAAAAAAAAUCUCUAAAAACCCAAUGGCAUUAGGAAUCACCUCCCCAAAAUUGAUGAGCACCGAACCAAUGGAACUGCUGACCAAACUCACUAAUUCCACGUUAUCCAUUGGCAAAAAUAUCCAGGAUAUUGAACAAAACAUUGCCCAAAAUUUGAUCAAGGCAGAAGAUGGCUUGAAGGAAUUAGAAGCUAAAGAGGACGAUGUUUCUCAUCAUUUGGACCACUCCAUUGAUGACUUGUCAAGCAAUAGCCACCACAUCAAUUUGGAACACUAUCAAAUGAACCAUCAGCCACAGGACGAUAUGGAUUACUCAAUGACUGCCGAAAGUGUGUUGAAUGCCAGCAAAGAUGAAUCUGGAUAUCCAGAAUAUGAACCGGUCAAUGAAGAUCCUCUUGCAGUUGGCGACACUUCCAAUCUUGUCCAAGACGGAAAUGACGAAAUGGAUACCGAUUCUAUCUCAUCAAUGGAAAGUUUCACCUUACGUGAACGUCAAGAUGCCAUCAAUACCACCCAUCCUUUCGGUAUUAGAAUUUGGAAACCUGCAAUUUAUAAGAAAUUCAGAUCGGUUCAAAAAGAGGCCGACAUGGAUAUUCACGAGGAAGAAAGUGACACCAGAAUCAUUCCAAAUAGUGUGUAUAUUGGGAACGUUCUUUGGAGUUUAACUUUCGGGCUUGUUGGUUUCAUUUUGUGUUUGGUUGGUUCUUGCUUUUCUGUGUUAUGUUUUAGCUGGAGUAACCGUUCUAUUGCUUAUGCUAGAUUAUAUUGGAGGCUCGGGUUUUAUUUGCUUUAUCCAUUUGGCAAAGUCAUUUAUCUUUAUAAAGACGAAAAAUAUCUAGAUGAAGAUUCCAAUGAAGGUACAUCCAUUAAUGAGUAUAGAAGAUGGAUCUCUAAUGAUCAAGAAGCAGGUUUCUUGUUCACAGCAAACGGUAAUCAGAAUGAAGCUCGCCCAUUAUUGGACAGCGCUUCCGAAAACAACUCCAAUUACCAGUCAACUAACGACGACACCAAUCAGUUAGAUGAAAAUGAAGCAGGAAUCACAAAAUUGAGAUUUUUCGGUAGAGGACAAUGGAGCAUUGGUAGAAUUUGCUUUUUCUUGUAUUUCUACCUUGUUUUGCAACCAGUUCUUUUCAUAAUUUCAUCUAUCUGUUGGCUCACUGUUUUCCCUAUCCCGAUGGCCAAAGUGAUUACCAUUCUAUGCAGUCAUAUCCGUCAACGCCCAUUGGCUCUUUUCAUUAGAUCUGAUAAGAAUAACAAAAUAUUGAAUAAAGAAGCCAGUGUUCUUGUCUGUACUUAUCGUGCUAGUGGGCUCCAUUAUUAUAAAUACACUGUUGAUGGGACAAACGUGAUUAUUCUUAACUUGAUGGCAAUGGUGCUCUUUGUUAUUAUUGACUUUUACGUCUUCAAAGAAAUGCUUGGCUGGGAAGUCUUGAUGACAGACUCAUUGUUUAUUUUUGUUAUUUGUUUAUUGAGUAUUAUUCCAUUAGCAUACUUCAUUGGUCAGGCAGUGGCCUCUAUUUCUGCACAAUCUUCAAUGGGUGUCGGUGCGGUUAUUAAUGCAUUCUUUUCCACCGUUGUGGAAAUUUACCUAUACUGUGUUGCUUUAGAUCAACAAAAAGGGUUGCUUGUUGAAGGGUCUAUGAUUGGUUCUGUGCUUGGUGCAGUGUUGCUUUUACCGGGAUUGUCGAUGUGUGCUGGUGCUAUUAAGAGGAAAACUCAACGUUAUAACCCAAGAAGUGCUGGUGUUAGCUCUACAAUGUUGUUAUUUUCCACCGUGGUAAUGUUUUCGCCAACAAUUUUCCACCAAGUUUUUGGAUCUUAUGAAGUUACUUGUAUCCCAUGCGAUAGUGGCAACUCAUCGGAUUUCUCAAUUCAGGAUGCUAGUUCCACUGAGCCACUCACCAUGACUUCUCUUAUGACCGUCCUCUCUUCUACUUUUGGUGGCGCUGUUCCAGAUGCUACCUGUCAAAGAUGUCACAUUACUCAACCACCAUUGAGGGCUGAUAAGUUAUAUUUACAUAUUCUCAAACCUUUUUCGAUCUUUGUUGUUGUUGUCUUGUUUUUCAGUUACGGGAUUGCGUUGUGGUUCACUCUACGUACGCAUGCUGCGUUGAUUUGGCAGACUCCUACCGCUAGUGAAUCUAAGGGUAUUCAUUACUCAGUGCCUGGCUCGAGCACUCUUCAACCAAUCAAGACUCCAAGAAUUGGCGGUUUGAAAUCUCCUAGUGUUUUGUCUUUGAAUGAUCCUAUUCCUGGCUCCACAAUUUCUUCGUCUAGACAGCAACAAAGAAGAGUUUCUAAUGCGGUUAAUAUUGCCAAUAAAUCUAGAAAACAGAAUACCACUUCUCAACCCUACGAAGGCUCACUUGCCGAUAUUACUUCCCCACCUAUCCAUGCGACAACGGAAGUUGCUGGAGGAGCCCAUGAAGAAGCUUCGGGGGGUCAUGAUGCCCCAAAUUGGUCAAAGACAAAAUCUACUGUUAUUUUACUCGGUGCCACCGUUUUGUACGCUGUUAUUGCUGAAAUUUUGGUUGAUUGUGUUGAUGUGGUGUUACAACAAUUCCCAAUCAGUGCUAAAUUCCUUGGUUUGACAGUAUUUGCCCUUGUUCCUAACUCCACUGAAUUCCUUAAUGCUAUCAGUUUUGCCAUGCAUGGUAACGUGGCGUUAUCUAUGGAAAUUGGUAGUGCGUAUGUUUUACAAGUGCUUCAAUUACAGAUUCCAUCUUUAGUGAUCUAUUCCAUGUACCGGUUAGCGUGCGUUCCUGCUUCGGCGCUCUUGGACUGGGAUCUUGAAGUUAAUAUGCUCACCUUGAUAUUCUCCAGAUGGGAUUGUAUUGCCAGUGUAAUCUCUGUUUAUAUUUUCACUUACAUCUACGCAGAAGGAAAGAGUAAUUACUUCAAGGGAAGUUUAUUGAUUUUGAUGUAUUUAGUGGUGAUGUUAGGCUUUUACUAUAGCGGAGAAGUUGAUCCAACUUCAUUUAUGCAUUGA